CUCACGUUGAAUUUGAGUUCAAGAGAAGCAUUCGAACCGUAAACUUCCAAAUUUCUCGUUAAUAAUAUAAGUUAUUUUUUCAAAUAUAAUAUUUUAUAUAAAAUUAACUUGAAAAUAUUGUGUGAAAAAGAAAUUUUGUAAUUUUUUUCAUAAUUAAAUCUAUUUUGUCCCAUAAAUAUAAUAAAUUAUCGAAAGAGAGAGAGAAAAAAGAAAAUUUCACCAUGGAAUCAAUUGAGACAGUGAAUAUUAAUAAAUUAACAGGAAGUUUAAAUUACGAUAUGUGGAAAUUUGGUGUUUUACUUCUAAUUGAAGCAAAGGGAUUAAGAAAAUAUAUCGAUGGCAAUGCAAGUGAACCUAUGAAAUCAAAAUCGUCACGUGAAUGGAAUUUGUGGAAUGAAAAAAAAUUGGAGACAGCAAUGAUUUUACUUGAUACCGUUGAUGAGUCAAUGGUUCCAUUUCUAAUUGAUUGUAAGGAGCCAAAGGAUAUUUGGAUACGUUUAGAAGCACUUUAUGGGCAAAAUAUUACAAAUUAUCUCAUCAAUAAAAAUUUCUAUAAUAAAAAUAAUAAUAAUGAAAUAAUGUUCAAUAACGUAAGGGAAGUGGAAAAUAAUAAAAGAUCGAAAAAUAAUAUUUACUCGAAGAAAAUUGCAGGCAUAUGGAAUGGAGCAUGUAUCAAGGAGAAUAAACGUGAGGAAAGAGAAAUUGAUAAUUAUUCGAGGAAAAUGGCAAAAAUUUGGAAUUCAACGUCGUUAAAUGAAGAUGAUAAUGAAGAUAAAAACGAUGAAACAGAAAGUUGCCUGUCCCUUUCGUCAAUUGACAUUUACAAUGACAGGAAAAAUAAUUUACUCGAGAGAAAUAAUAUUUGGCUAACAAAUGCUGGAAUCAAGAAGCAUAUGACGUCGAGGAGGGAUUUUUUUUCACACUACGAAGAGUUUGAUGAAAUGUUUUUUGUUCGUGUUGGUGGAACGGUUAUGAGAAUAUUUGGCACUGGUUCAAUUAAUUUUCAAGUACAUAUCGACGGAAUUCUUGAGGAUAGACAAAUGAUAAAUGUCCUCUAUGUGCCUGAUUUGAAAAUGAAUUUAUUUUCAAUAAUUGCUGUGCUUGAAAAUGGCUAUUCAUUUCAUUCGUAUAAAUUUCAUUGCGAGGUGCGUGACAAAAAUAAUAUGUUAUCGUGUUCUGGUGUACGUUAUAAAGUUAAUGUAUUUCGUUUAUUUUUUCAAGUUCAAGUACCUUGAAUAAUUGUAAUUAUUUGUAUUGUAUAUACGUUGAGAUUAAUUGUCAUUAAUAUUUAAAAAUUUUCGAUUGAUUUUGUAUUUCUAGUCGAUUGUAUAUUUUCUACAUGAUUUUAGCUCUCUUGACACUUUUUUUUCGUCUUUUUUUUAUUUUUUAUAAAAAACGAUUUUUACAAAUUGAUUUCGUGUUUGUAUAAUUAUUUUGUAAUUUUAAAUUAUAUUAUAUUAUAUUAAGUUAAAUUAAAUUAAAUCUUCAUGUAAAGAGCGAAUCAAGGUUAUUAGAAAAUAAUUUCUAGACACUUAUGAAAGUCUAUGUUAUUGAUUUCCAGUAAAUAAAAUUAUUUACACAAUGUC